AUGUGCCGGAGUACGCGCUCCAGGCUGGUGGUGCUCGUCCACCUGGCCUCUUUGCUUCUCCUCGCUGCGCUGUGGAAGCCGGCCUCAGCAGCGCCUGUCUUCGUAGGGAGCUCGGCCGACGCGGGUGUCAAGCUUGGCUCUGGCAGCUACUUGUUCAAGUUCAUCACUGCCACAAUCACUGAACUUCCAGAUGUCUACCCGCUUGACGCCAUCCAUGCGUCGUUGGCGUCGACGGCGUAUCUUGUCGAUCCGCCGGACCACAUCCACGUCGCCAUCCGCUCGCUCCUGCUGCUGCCUCCACACCGGCUGGCCGACCUGCCGGAGACGGCUCAGGCUGAGCUAACUGCUGCGCUAGAUGCAGCUUACAGCGUAGCAGAUGCAGACGAGGUGGACAACAUCACGAUUUCGCGCCGCAACGAUCCGGUAGCAUUGGCCCGCUUUCCUGCUUGUGCUUCCAUCGACCGACCGCUCCCGCUCAGUGCGCUCUGCUCCUCCUUUCGCAUCACCGCCUCGGCUGGGUUUGGCCCCGGCCUCACAAUGGUCUCGCACGAGCUCCAAGUCCGCUCUGCUGACCAAUUGUGGCGCGAGAUUUGGUACCCGCGCCUGAUUGCCGACCCGCCGCCGGUCAUCCACACCGACGUCAUUCGCGCCUGGUUCCUGCCCAAGAUCGCCCACCUCGACGAGGCUGUCUCGCACAUGCUCCGCGAGUACUGCUUUGCGCCGUUGGUCCGGACCGUAACGGCAGCGUUGUCUUGGGUCUGGCAAGCGGCCAAAACGGCUCUGGUCUACGCGCUCCACGGCGCCGGUCUCAAUCUUGUCACCGACAUGCUUCGCGCUGUCCGAUCUGGCGCUGUCCAUGCCACGAGCUCGCUCGCUUCAUCGCUCGGUACUAAUCUCGAUGCCAUCAGCGCCUUCCUCUUCCAUGCCUCGCCGCGCGACCUGGCCGGCGCUGCAGCCGUGCAUCGCGGAGCACACGCCGCUGACGCUCUGCUUCGGAGACACGUGCUGGACUCGGCAACAGCCACCGCGCUUGCUAUCCCGCUCACCCGUGGCAUGGCGGCGCCGCAGCCGUUCUCGAUUGACGUCUCGUGCUCCGCGCCCACUCACCUCGCUCUUGCCCUCGAUGCUAUCGCUCCCAGCGGCAACCUGGCCAUCGCGCAGCAUACUAUUCGGCUGUCGGCGGCGAGCGAGUUGAUGCUUCCGGUUGCGCUUGUAGCCUGGUUGCUCGCCUGGGCCGGCGCGCUCGUCGCCCCGAACAUGUGGCUUGGCACCCUCUCGCCACGGCGCGUCCUCGCUGUCGUUGGUGCGCUGGUUGCCUGGCAGGGGCUUGAAGCGGCUGCCACUGUGGCGCCGCUCGCCUCGGUGGUUUAUCGCCUGCUGGCGCUUGUGGGCAACUUGAUUGUCUUUGGUACGCUUGGCUUUGGCUGGGCGUCGUGGCUCGGGCGAGCCGUGCGGGCCUCGCCCGGCGCAGUCGCUGCGCUCUUUGCUUUUUCGCUUGGCGCAUAUAGUGAUGCAGCGCCCACUGUUGGCAGAGUGGUUGCCAGGCCGCUGCUGGCCUCGUUUUGGACCUUUUGCUGCGUCCUUGUCCCGCGUCGGCACGCUAGACCGGUCGCCGCGCGGCUGCUUUGCGUGCUCUCACUGGUCUACCGCGGCCGGGCUGCGCUUCCGCUGCCAACAGUCAUUGGGGUAGACAUUGUCGAGCGCGUUCUUCGUAUUUCCUCUCUUGAUCGCGGCAUCAUGGUCGGUGCGGCUGUGGGCACGCUGCUGAGCUCGAUGCCGGCUGAAGCCCGUGGGCCCGCGGCUGGCCUUGGGCUCCUUUUCGGCGCAGCUUCCUGCCUUUUGCUCCGCCGACUCCGCGUGUUCGCGGCUGGCGCUGUGAGUGCGGGCCUUGCUCUGGCGUUUUGGACUAUGCUGGGGCGGCUUGACCGCGCUGCCAUCGGCCUGGGCCUGCCGGCAGUGGUUGCUCUUGGACUGGGGACGACGACGUUGUGGACAUCACUUCAGUCGCUGGCGCCGCUGCUCGAGGCGCUUCCACGGGCGUGGUGGUCGCCUUUCGCCGAGCUGGGCAAUGCACUGGAGCAGCUUGGCCCGCGGUAUGACGAGACGUUUGGUCUGGCAUGCAUCCUGGGCGUGAUGUACACACUGCUCUCGGGUGCGGCGUACUACUGGCUGUCGCAGACUGGAGCCUCAGCCGCGGUGAUGUGGGCGCUGCCUGUGGCCAUCGGCGGCUCGACAGCCAUCUCGACAGUGUUGGCGUAUGUGCUGCCGGGCCCGUCAUCGCUCACCGCGUACUACGGAUGGGAGGCGCCGCACGACCCUGUUCUGGGCCUGGGCCUGGGCCUGGUGCUCGAGCACAUAGUUCUUGGCUCUGUGGCCUGGAUUUCAACCGCGCCGAUGCGAGGGCCUCUUUUCGUGGCCGCCCACUUUACUGCAGCCGCCAUCUAUGCCGUCGUGCUACUGCUCGUCAUCUUUCACAUCGCCACCUUUGUGCCGAGCUCGUGGCUUCGGCUGCACGAGCUGCACAUGCGACUGCGCCAGCAGACACCACCAGGCACGCUGCGGAUCACGAUCCGGCGCGAGAACUUUGUGCGCGACACGCUGUUGGCCAACGUGGCCGCCGAUCCGGCGGAUGCGCUGAUGAACACCCGAGUCACCUUUAUCUCUGCCGGCGUCGUCGAGGCCGGCUCGGACGAUGGCGGCCUGACCAAAGAGUGGCUCUCGCUGUUUGGCAAGGCACUGAUUGGCGUGGCCAGUCACCCAUCAAUUGCGCCCAUCGAGCCAGUCAUUUUAGUGCCUGCCAUCCGAUCCGGCGACGCUGAUGCGGUAGUCUACUCCCUCUCGAACCAGAUCGAGACAUAUGAAGCCGACAUUGCCGGCCGCAUGCUCGUCCGCCUCCUGGCGGCCCGGAUCUCGCUCGGCUACGAGAUUUCGCCGGCGCUGACAAGGGCCAUGCUUCGGCAACCGAUUGUGGCGGCCGACUUGGCUGUGAUCGACCCAGACUUGUACGCCGCCAAACGGGCGUUCAAGGCGCAAGUUGACACUGCGGCCAAAGAGCUGGACAUUGAGCUUCGCUUUGUGUUUGAGUACCAUGCACGCGAAAGUGGGGAACUCGUUGUGGUCCCGCUCCGCAAGCCAACGGGCGAGCUGUGCGAUCCAGAAGAGGUAGUCAACUCGACCAACUACGACGAGUACAUGGACGCUUUUGCGACAACGUACUUGACCGCAGGCAUCGAAGAGCACCUGGCGGCGUUUGCGCGUGGCGUCCAUACCGCAGUCCCGUCAAGGGCGCUCCGUGCAGCAUUUGGGAGCGACGAGCGCGCGCUGGCGCAUACCCUCUACGGACAGGUGGAACUGGACGUUGCCGAGUGGCAGGCCGCUAGUGUCGACGACAUCGGCGAUCCGCACUGGACAUGGUUUUGGGACGCCGUGGUGCAGCUCUCUGCCGAACGGCGACUGCAGCUGUUGCUUGCGGUCACUGGGUGCGUGCUUCCUCCGGCAGGAGGUCUUGCCAAUCUCAACCCGCCCAUGGCUGUCUGCGUGGCGUUUAACGCGUCCAACGGCGCCCUCCCGACAGCCUCGGUCUGCACCAACAAGAUCCGUCUGCCGCGGUCGUACGCAUCCGCCGAGGAGACAGCGUCCAAGCUGAACCAGUUUCUGGACCAGCCCGUCGGCUUUGGACGUGCGUGAAGCAGCCGGUUACACCGCCCUGGAUCGCCGGAACAGCUCCUCCAGGAAAGCCGUGGGGAGGAGGAUGUUGACCAGCGUGGCGAGCUCGGCGUCCGAGUACUCGCACGGCGUCUUGCCGUCGACCCGCUUGUGGAACUCGGCCAUGUUCGCCUUCUUUUCGGCCUUGAUCCGUUGCUUGACGCCUUUAUGGUGCUUGCUCUCCCUGACGUGUGCAACGAGAUCGCGCUUCUUGUCGAACUCGUUGGGACAGGACAGGCAUCUGUGCCGACACGAGGUGCGGAACCAACUGCGGACGAUGCUGGUGACAAGGUUCUGACCGUACUUGUUGCUAAACCGCAUGGCUUCCUGGAUGGUAAUCUCAAGACUGACCUUCUUCUCUAGCAAGUUCUUGACAAACUCCUUGACAUCGGCAAGGCUAGGCUCGGCGGUGCACGCGUCGCUACAGCCAGCGACACCGUCAGCCGCAUCAGCAGCGAGUGCA